UUUUCGAUUUCUAUGGAAUUGUCGUGUGUCGAAAUACUAUCAGAAUCUUGUCAAGCGAGCUUCUGAAUGUAAACAAAGAACACCACGUCUGGUGACCCCAUAGACCUGUCAUUACAGCUCUAUGGGCGACCCAAGCUUUAAAGCAGUGCUUCACUUCUAGCGCGGAAUGGCCCCUCCUCCCUUUCCUACCUCCAUGGAUGGGAGCAUCUGGGGAGGAAAGGGGAGCGUCGUUCCACUGGUUUCAGUGGCGGGAAAGUAGUACUGCUGUUUCGCCCAAUAUUGCGGGAUGAAGAUUUGCCAUGUGUCUCCUUCAAUUACAGAAUGUAGCGUAUCCUUUUACACAAUCUACACAAGAAAAACUUUCCAACGGUUUAUUUUCCCUAUCAGGAAUCCGUUUUAUUAUUUCAGAAAACAUGAUAAAAUUUUCGCGAGAUAGCAAUUCACCAGCUACGAAAUAUGAACAACGCUAUGAACUAAAAUUCAAAAUCAAUUUUCCCAGGCAAGGAAAAAAAACCGGUUAUGAUGAAAAGUGAUUCAUGGGAGACGCUUGUCUUUUGUUGCUCACUUGCAAUACUGCGCCGGUGGGUUUGAAUGGCUUUAACGCCAACAACAUUUUGAAGCAAAGAAACAACAGUUUGUGUUCCAUAUUAAUACGGACUUUUCAUUCUGUGUAGCAAAGAUACUGUGUGAAAUCUAUUCAGCCAGUUAACUCAAGUAAUUUGAAAUCGGUAAGUGUGAAAGUUCUCUAGAAAAUCAGAAGUACAUGUCAUCAUCAUUUAGCAUAGCAUAUAUGAUAAUGUUGUAUAAAUUCAUGUUUAUACUCGGACAAAAAGAAUCAUAUUUGUUCGCUAUGUAAUAGUACUUUUUAUGAAACGGUCCUGGAAACUCUGCCAGUGUUUUAUAUCAUGAAGGAGAUAAGCUUCACCUACAGUUUUCAUUAAUAAUUUUAGGCAAAUAAUCAGCUGUAUAUUUGCGAAGACACGGAGAGCCAGUGCGAAGCAUCCAAGAACUACUUUGGUAAAAAUUUUGUUUACUAAGUCAUUUUUCAUGUAUACAAAACACGGCCGUAAGUUUGAGAUAUACACGAAGUUGUGAUAUCAAGGCCAUCAGGAAGUUGUGAUAUCAGGUACUUAACUACAUAGGGGACUACCUGUGUGUCUAGAAAGUAUGCAACAAGUUAUUUAGAAAAAGAAACAUUUUAAAAGUGUGCUCAAAAACCACACAAUAGAGAAACCUGUGUCUGCUGUUUCUGAAAAAUUCUUUAGACUAAAACAAUUUAAACAUGCAUAUGCUUAAUCACACAGUAGAGAAACCUCAUAUAUGUAAUGUAUGUAACAAGUCAUUUACACAUAAAUGUUAUUUAAGCAAGCAUAUGCUUAUUCACACAGAAGAAAAACCUCAUAUAUGUAAUGUAUGUAGCAAGUCAUUUACACAAAAAUGUUAUUUAAGCAAGCAUAUGCGUAUUCACGCAGAAGAGAAACCUUAUGUGUGUGAGGUAUGUAGCAAUUCAUUCAAAGUAAAGGACGAUUUAAAAAAGCAUAUGCUUAUUCACACAGGAGAGAAACUUCAUGUGUGUGAGGUAUGUAACAGAUCAUUUGCACGUAUGAGUAAUUUAAAGAAGCAUAUAUUUAUUCACACAGGACACAAACCUCAUAUGUGUCAGGUAUGUAAUACCUCAUUUAGAAGUAAAAGCCACUUAAACAAUCAUAUGCUUAUUCACACAGGAGAGAAGCCUCAUGUGUGUGAGAUAUGUAACAAAUCAUUUAGAGUUAACUAUGUUUUAAAGGGGCAUAUGCGUAUUCACACAGGUGAGAAACCUUAUAUAUGUGAGGUAUGUAACAAGUCAUUCACGCUAAAAGGUGAUUUAGACAGGCAUAGACAUAUUCAUACAGAAGUGAAACGUUAUGUAUGCGAGAUAUGUACCAAAUCAUUUAGACAAAAAUGUGAUUUAAAUAAGCAUGUGAGUAUCCACACAGGAGAGAAACCUCAUGUGUGUGAGGUAUGCAGCAGGUCAUUUAGACUAAAGAGAAUUUUAAAUCGGCAUAUGCUUAUUCAUACAGCUGAGAAACCUCAUGUCUGUGAGGUAUGUAACAAGACAUUCAGAAUAAAGGGCAAUUUAAAGUUGCACCUACUUGUUCAUACAGGAGAGAAACCUUACUUGUGUGAGCUAUGUAACAUUUCAUUCAGAUUAAAAGGUGACUUAAACAGUCAUAUGCUUAUUCACAGAGGAGUAAAACCUCAUUUGUGUGAGUUAUGUAGGAAGUUAUUUAGAAGAAAGGAUCACUUACACAAGCAUAUGCUAAUUCAUGCAGGAGAGAAAUCUCAUGCAUGUGAGGUAUGCAAGAAGUCAUUUAGAGAAAAGCAUAUUUUAAAGAGUCAUAUGUCUAUUCAUACAGGUGAGAAACACCAUGCAUGUGAAUUAUGCGACAAGUCAUUUAGAGAAAAGAAUUAUUUAAAGAAUCAUAUGCUUAUUCACACAGGAGAGAAACCUUAUAUGUGUGAUGUAUGUAGCAAGUCAUUUAGACAAAAAGGUCAGUUAAACAGGCAUGUGUUUGCACAUACAACAGAGAAGCCUCACCUGUGCGAGGUGUGUAACAAGUCAUUUAAAGAAAAGUUUGUUUUAAAGAUUCAUAUGCGUAUUCAUACAGGUGAAAAACUCCAUGUGUGUGAACUAUGCAACAGGUCAUUUAGAGAAAAAAAUUAUUUAAAGAAUCAUAUGCUUAUUCACACAGGAGAAAAACCUUAUAUGUGUGACAUAUGUAGGAAGUCAUUUAGACAAAAAGGUCAAUUAAACAAGCAUGUGCUUGUCCAUACAAGAAAAUGCAAAGAGAAUUGAAGCAAUUAUGGAAUGAACCCAGUAACCCUGCUAACAAUGGUGAUAAUAGUUCUAACAUGGUUUUGCAUGUCCGGAGGUAACAAACAUUCCUCUUGUUUUUUGAUUCCUUAUAUAGCUGUUUGUAAUUCUGCAUGUUGUAGCAUCACACUGAUUGUUUGGCUUUGCAUGUGUAAUUUAUUCUUUACCUAUUCAUUUAUUUUGUAAAUUUUUCCAAUUUCCACA